AUGGAAAAAUUACUCAGCGAAAUUGUCAAAUUGGGAAAACGGGAGAAAUUCAACGGAGAAAUUGAUUAUGGAGCCAAAAUCUUAUCAGACGAGCUGUUCGAAGCGAUGAAAAUCGUGGGAACCGAAGAAGCGAGCGAAGAAAUUAUUGAUCGAUUUUCAGAAAACUUCGCUGAAAUUCAUCAAACUCUUCUCGCCAUAACAUUCGCCAAUUAUCUGCAAUCCACGUUGACGGUUUCUGAAUCCGCCACGUCAUCUGAAUCCCUGAAAAAAGCACGUCGAUCGAUUCGUCUGCUUCUGAAUCUCAUUCAACGAUCCCCUCAAUUUGCUUCUAAAAUGUCUUCAGAAGCCGUGGAACUUCUGGAAACCCUUCUUGCCACGUCAUCAUUCUACACUGAAUGUCUUCUGAUUCUAGUGAAAACCGCUGAUUCGACGUGCAUCGAAUUCCAGAAGUCCCCUAGAUAUUCACAUCUUCUGGAGAGAAUUCUGAAUUCUUAUUCUACAAAUUCAGAAGACGUCACCUCGAUUCUCGCCUAUUUUUCGACACUUUUAGAGAAGGACUACGGGUUUUUGUCGUCGUGCUACGCGGAGAUGUCGGCUGACGCCUUCUGUGAAGUGCUCGACGUCGUCAGAGUGAUUCUGGUGCGAAAUUCGAAAAAUUCGGAGGAGAAGAAGCUGAAAAUUCACUCGAAUAACUUGCUGUUCGUUCUGAAUCUUCUGGAGUUGAUUACGGUGGAUUACGGGGAAAUGUGCACCAACAUUGAAAUGACAUCAUAUCUAAACGAAAAAGCCACCGCUAUCAAUGCCGUCGUUGAUGUUCUGGAUACGAUCCUACACGCCGAAUCGCUGUUCGCCGAUUUUCGAGCGGCCCAGCCAGAAAAUUGGCCAGAAGUUCCAGAUGACAAUAAUCCGAGAUCCCAGACGCUUCGAGAGAAAAUUGAAGAGGAGAGGAGAUAUGAAGAGACGCAGAGAAGAUAUACAGACCGACCGAAGCAGCCGCCACCAUCAAAAAUCCAGCGAAUCGAGACAUCUGAAUCUCUCCACCAACUUUCAACUACAGUAUUCCAUCAAUACUGUCAACUGGAUGAUCUCAUUGGACUGCCACGUGUCGGAGAGCUGAAACUGAAUUGUCUGAAAGCAAUUGGCAAUUUGUGUAGUUUGUGCUCCGAGAACAAAUUGGCAACUCUUCAAAAUGGUCGACUCGGGUUAAUGUCGGUGUUACAGUGCACUUCUAGGCGGCCGGCGUAUUUUAUGGAGAGCUAUGCGAUGAUGAAUUUCAAUGAUAUGGAAAAUUCGGUGUAUGGGAAUCUGGAGGAAGACGCCGAGCUGUUAGCUGAGCUCGCAGCGAUACAGGCCGAAGUUAAUGGCGAGAGAGCGAGGCCAGCACCAUCUCGUGCCGCCGCUCCACCACCACGUCGUCAAGCCGCAGCCGCUGGUCCAGAAGUUCCCGGAGUGGAUCCACGUCUUCUGGCAGCCGCUCUCAAUGAUAAUCACGGUGAUGGAGACGAUGAUGGAAUAGAAAUGGAUGAGGAGCUGCUCAAUGAGCUACACGGAUUAGUUGGAGGGGGAGGAUCCCCGGUGAAACAGGCUCCUCCUGUGCCUGUCCGUCAGGCUCCGCCCCCUUUGGGCGGUCCAUCUGGUCCCGCUCCCUUUGGUCCCGCCCCGUCACUUGGAAACGAAAAUAACAAUUCGCAAUUGAAUCAUUUACGACAACUUCAUACUUAUUACGCGAAGGCUCAUAAGGCGGCGGAGCAAGGAGGAGAAGGAGCAAAAGCUAGGAGAUACAAACGUGCCAUUGACAAACUAGUCGAGCUCAUUCGCUCUGUUGAGAAGGGAAAGAAAAUCGAUGAAUCCGAAAUCCCACCAGCACCUCCAAACUUCUCAACAGAGCCCCUUCCACAAGCUCCGCCCACUGCUCAACCGGCCCAUCAUCCACCGGCUCCGCCCAUCCGACAAGCCGCCCAAGCCACGCCCACCUCUGAAGCUCCGCCCCCAAUCCCACAGAGAAAAUCGUCUGCGACACCAUCAACCACAUCCACGACAGCUUCAAAAGAACCCACGGAUCCAAAGAAGGCGGCAAUCUACCGUAUCCUUCAACACCGUCGGAAUCUCCACGUGGCAAAUGGAAAAGCAGCAAUUGCGGCUGGGGAUAAGGAUUCGGCAAAAGAGUCCGUGGGAAUGGCAAAGGCUUUUGAUCAGGCCAUCGUCGCUUUGAACACCGCCGCUGCCGACGAAAUGGACAUGAACGAUGUGCCUCCUUCCCCACCACCAUACCGUAAACCGUCUGCUCAACAAGCCCCGCAGGCUCCGCCCCCACAGGCCCCGCCCACGUCCAAUGGCCCUCUCACAUUUAUCGGUGCUCUCGAACAACGACACGCUAGAUAUCAACAAAUGGCACAAAAAGCGAAAUCCGAGGGAAAUGAGCGAAAAGAACGAAUGAAUACCCGGCUGGCUGGCCAGUACGCGGAUGCGAUCAAAGAGGCAAAACGAGGAAAACCAGUGAAUAUUGCUGAACUACCAACACUGCCAGAUAUGACUCCACUACCACCACAGACAUCUGGACAGGCGGGAGGCCAGACAGGAGGAGGACAUACUCAUCCUAAACCACCACCACCACAAGUUGGACCAUUGGCACCCAGUGGUGUAGAGGGAAAGAGCCGAAAUUCAGCACAGUUGGAAUUUCUACUCGAACGACAGGCGCAGUUUAAGCAAGCUGCUAUUCAUGCGAAAUCUCGUGGAGAUGUCGAGACGGCGAAAAAGUAUCUGAUCGAAAUGAAAGGAUUUGAUAAAAUGAUACAGGCGGCACAAGCUGGGCUACCAGUGAAUAUAAAGAACACUCCGAUUCCACCACAAUCGAAAACGGCAUCGACGACAUUGGAACCGAGGAUUCAGGCGGCUGCCGCUUCGUCGAGAUCCGGCCUGGAAAAUCGUGGCGAACGACUGGCUCUACUCGAAAAGACGCUAAUCGAGCAAGUCCGAUCGGCCGAAACGAACCAAAUGAGAUUCACUCGGCUAGGAGACGUUGGAAAAGUGCGACUAUUCGAAGGAUGGGGUAAAACUGCGAAACAAGAUUUGCUUCUGGUUCGAGAGGUGGCAAAACGAGGACUGAUGUUGCCCAAAUUCCACUAUGAAACUCGACAAAUUCCAUCGGCCGAUUUGUUUCCGGAUUUGGCUGAGGAUGUUAUCGAAUUGACUGUUAUUUCGUGCAGAGACGUCCCUCUCCCAUCUGGCUACGAGAAUCAUCAUGCCAACCUAUUCGUAAAGUACACCUUCCCUCCAGUUGUCUCUGAUCAACCACAAAUUGGAAAAACGAAACUGAUCGCUGGCACGACGUCUCCCCAGUUCUCAGAAUCCGUUAUGCUCAAUAUUGGAUCUGGAAAAUCGAGAAAUAGCAAACUGCAAAGAGUUUUUAAGAGGGGUGGAUUGAAAUUUGAGGUCUUCCAAAAAGGCGGAUUCAUGAGAAGCGACAAGCUACUGGGUGGUUGUGAAUGGAAGCUUGAGAAACUCGAAUCGAAUGCUGAAAUGGAAGAAUCUCUUCCACUGAAAGACGGUCGGAAGGCGGUUGGAGGACUCCUCUCGGCGAAAAUUCGAAUUCGAGAACCGAUUGGAGAUGCGAAAGCUCAAUCGAUCACUCAGAAAUGGCUCGUUCUGGAUAAUUGA